CACCUCAGAACCACCUCGAGUUUUGAGCGAGCAUUUAACCCCGAGGAGUCGAAAAAUUUUUUCAAAAAUUUCCUCCCCUCGUCACUUGGAAAAAGUCGUGGGAAAUUAAAAACAAGAGACAAUUGUUUAAAAACUUUGUGAGGGAAGAGAGGAAAACUCAAGUGCUUGUGAAGUUGAUUUUUAUUCGUGUGUGCAAAGUCUUCGGGAAAUGGAGUUCCAGGAGAUGUUCCGGUACAGUUACAUGUUUCCUACUCAAGAGGAUCAACACAUAACCCCGACGUAUAUGGAGCUGCCAGAGUAUACCUUCAUCAAGGAGAAGAGUGUUCACCUGCCACCGGUGUCAUCUGUACUGACAGUUCAACCCCACAUGAUGUAUGACAACAACAGCGAUGGCUGGAAUACCCCAAGUCCCCCAGCGAGUCUUCGCUCGGUCUCACCCUCGACAACCCUCUCAGCGUCCUCGGAUCUGGAUCGUUCUGGUCAUCAAAAGGAGAUGAUCCAGCCGCAAGGAAAAAGACGAAGGGAUCGACGAAACUCCGAUGAGGAUAGUCAGAGGAAUGUCCUUCAGGUUCAUGUUCAAGUGACUGGUGUUGAUGAUGAUGAAGAGGACAAUACUGGGGAGGAGAAAUUGUCGUCCAGGCGGAGCGUUGUCAGCACAUCGAGCUCAUUCGAGGAGCGAAUGGACAUCGAUCUGGAGAGCGAUGGUGCCAGUGAUGUUGAUGAAGCCACCAGGAGGCGGGGAAAGUACGUGAGUUCAACUGUUGUCAGAAAACGAAGACUCGCUGCCAAUGCUCGGGAACGGAGGCGUAUGCAAAAUCUUAAUAAAGCCUUUGACAGACUCAGGGCUUAUCUACCGUCUCUUGGAAAUGACAGACAACUGUCUAAAUAUGAGACACUGCAGAUGGCACAGUCUUACAUCACUGCCUUGUACGAUUUACUGCAGUGAUUUAUUUCAUUGUCGUUCUCGUGAUUUUUAGUAAAUUGACGGGAAUUUGUGUAUAAAAUUGUUAUGUUUAUCGGAGAGACUGAGUUAGGACAGUGAGAAAUUGUUGGUUUAGAAUUUUUAGAACCGCAAAAGAAGCACGAUCAAGAGUUGAAGUUUUUUGGAAAUAUUUGGGGAAGUUGGGAAAAUGAAAGUUAUUUUAAGAAUUAAAAAUUGUAAAGAACAGUUUCUUGCUGCUGGAGUUUGUAAAUUUUUGUAUCAUAAAAUAUUAGAUUAGGUCAUAAGUUUUCUGUAUAGAAAAACAAAUGCGUAAGCAAAAUUAUUGAGAUUUUAAUUGUCGAAAGAAAACACUUUAUUUUGUACUGGCUAACGGGAAAGUUUAUACUAAAAAUAUCAUUUCCACCGAUUCCAUAUAUUUUUUAAAUUUAUUAAGAAUAUGUAAAACACAUAUGCGUAUUUUUUGAAGGAACUCCUCCUGAAUUUAUUUUAUAUAUUAUCUAUGUAAAAUAUUUAUAAUACUAUUGUCGGUGCGUAAGUACUUGAGACUGAGA